UACAACAAACUUUAGUUAGGCUUACCUAAGACGAGAGGCGAGUAGCAUGGUGAUGCAGCAUCGGAGCUCCAUGAUAAUUUGUAGGUACGUACCGGCAAGCUUGCUGGAGGUCCCGUCCAGCUGCAGCUCUGCAGCCCAACGCCAUUGCGCCGUCCAAACGCUCCGCACGCGUGUCCCCAAUUUAACCCCUGGUUCGGAGAACCCCCAACCAACACAUCGACGCCCCCCCCGGUCAUGCCAUGCCCAUGCCUAGCAUCCAGUGGCACCCUUUCCAACGCCAAAGAUAACGGCUCCAGGCCCAACCAUUUCGUCUCGCUGCGAUCAAGCAUCGCAAAAGGCGCCUGAUCUGCCUCACAGUGGGAAUGAGGAGGCUACCUGGGCCCUUGUUGGCGACAUCACCCUUCACAGCGCGGCCACCGACCGUGCCUCGGACCGCACCAUGGCCGGCGCAGUUGCGACCAAAGGCUGCCUCUCUAUCGACAACGGCAGCGCGAGCAGAUUCUUCCCGCGAGAAACCACGAGCGCAACCUUUUCGCUUCGAGACCGGAGUCUCGCUCUUUGCGAAACGAGCCCCGCGGCCUUUCCCGCCGCCCUUUCUUUCCCCGCCGUCCGGCUCCUUCUCCGAUCCGCUCAGCACCCAUCACCGAAGCCGCGACCGCCGUGCCAGAAUCAACGGAGAGAUCAUCCUUGGGCAGACGAAUGGAGAUGAUGCGGUGUUCGCCAGUGACAACUUCAUCUGCGCCAACGACGGCGUUGGCGCUUGGUCGACACGCCCAAGGGGGCAUGCUGGACUCUGGUCGCGCUUGAUCCUUCACUUCUGGGCCACGGCUAUGAAGCAAGAUGUCGCAAAUACUCGAUCUCAAGAAGUCUACAAACCCGAUCCGGUAGCGUACCUCCAGAUGGCAUACGAGCAAACCCUGAAAGCGACUUCGGACCCCGAUUGGCAAGGCACGACAACGGCAAGCGGAGCGCAGUUGCACUACAAGACCGUCGACGGUGGCGAAGACGUCCCUCAAGUCUAUGUGACCAACCUAGGCGACUGCCAGAUUAUGAUUUUACGACCUAAGCAUGAGAAGGUUGUCUACAAAACCAAGGAGCAGUGGCACUGGUUCGAUUGCCCGCGUCAGCUUGGUACCAACAGCCCCGAUACACCGGAGAAGAAUGCGGUCAUGGAUGUGGUGGACCUCCAGGUUGGGGAUGUAGUUCUUGCCAUGUCAGACGGCGUCAUUGACAAUCUGUGGGAACAUGAGAUUGUCAGCAGUGUUCAGAACAGCAUACAAAGUUGGGAGAAUGGAGAGGGAGUGACAGAUAAGCUCGAGGGCGACCGGACGGGCGGCGCAAACGGAGGCAUGAAGCUCGCUGCCGAGGAGCUAGUGGCUGCCGCUAAGAAGAUUGCAACCGAUCCCUUUGCAGAAAGUCCAUUUAUGGAGCAUGCUAUUGAAGAGGGUCUGGCGAGUGAGGGAGGUAAGCUGUGCUGGCUUGAGAAUUCUGAAAGAAGCCCCGAACUGACAACGACUAGGCAAGCUUGACGACAUCAGCGUUGUCGCCGCUCUCGUAAGGAAGCAGGACACAUGAAACUAACACAUUAACAUAGAAGGAUCAACAAGGAAUAGACUUACGGGAUGGGCUUCACGGGGCAAUGCUGCGAUCGAUUUCUAGGUAUAUGCUCUGUCCAGGUUGGACAGUGGCCAUUGUUUUGACGAUAUAUGGCGUUCUGCGGGCGGUCGAUUUCGGUGAAGACGUUAGGGAUGCCAAAGCGAAAUGAAAACUCAAAUUCAAUCCAAAUCCAGCCUCCGUCAAAUUUACGGAAUCCCCCUCCUUAAAUAGUAACUGCAUCCCAGUGUGCUCUAGAAGUGACG